UCACUUGAGAGGAAGGGACAGACCCAGUGCACGUCUGCUUGAGACAGAAGGACAGACACCAGGCUCCUGGGAUCACCCAGCAUGUGGCGAGGGCUUCUUUUGACAGCCACUCUCCUCCUUUCUCCACUUCCAGUUAAUUCUAUAAAAGAACUCCCUGGAGUGAAAAACUAUGAAGUGGUUUAUCCCAGAAGACUUCAUCCACUGCAUAAAAGAGAGGUCAAGGAUCCAGGUCAACAGGAAAAAUUUGAAACUGAAUUGAAGUAUGAAAUGACAGUUAAUGGAAAAAUCGCAGUGCUUUACUUGAAGAAAAACAAGGGUCUCCUUGCACCAGGCUACACGGAAACAUAUUAUAAUUCCACUGGAAAGGAGGUCACCACGAGCCCACAGAUCAUGGAUGACUGUUAUUACCAAGGACACAUCAUUAAUGAAAAAGUUUCUGAUGCUAGUAUCAGCACAUGUAGGGGUCUAAGGGGUUACUUCAGUCAGGGAGAUCAAAAGUACUUCAUUGAACCUUUAAGCCCCACAAAUCAGGAUGAACAGGAACAUGCACUCUUCAAGCACGAUCCUGAUGAACAGAAGACUAACAGCAACUGUGGGAUGGAUGACAUGUUAUGGGUACCUGAAAUUCAUCAGAAUGCAGCCCCAUCGGCCACCAGUCUUCUUAAAUCCAAAGACCAGAAGGCUUGGGAACAAAAUAAAUACAUAGAAUAUUUUUUGGUCCUGGAUAAUGGUGAGUUUAAAAAGUACAAUCAAGACCAAGAGGAAAUAAGAAAGAGGGUGUUUGAGAUGGUCAAUUACAUCAACAUGCUUUAUAAAAAGCUCAAUACUCAUGUUGCCUUAAUUGGGAUGGAAAUCUGGAAUGACAAGGAUAAGAUAAAGAUAUCCCCCAAUGCAAGCCUCACCUUGGAAAAUUUUGCUAAAUGGAGGGGGGGUGUCCUCCUAAGAAGAAAGCGUCAUGAUGUUGCUCAGUUAAUCACGGCAAGUGAAUUUUCUGGAACAACUGUGGGCCUUGCUUUCAUGUCUACAAUGUGCUCUCCGUAUCAUUCUGUUGGCAUUGUUCAGGACCACAGUCACAACAUGCUUAGCACUGCAGGGACCAUGGCCCAUGAAAUGGGCCAUAACUUCGGAAUGUUUCAUGACACCUAUGCUUGCAAGUGCCCUUCUACAGUAUGUGUGAUGGACAGAGCACUAAGCUUCUAUAUACCUACAGACUUCAGUUCUUGCAGCCGUGUCCGCUAUGAAAAAUUCUUGGAAGAUAAAUUAUCCAAUUGCCUCUUUAACGUUCCGCUGCCUACAGAUAUCAUAUCCACCCCAAUCUGUGGGAACCAGUUGUUAGAAAUGGGAGAAGACUGUGACUGUGGGACCCCCGAGGAAUGUACCAACGUUUGCUGUGAUGCAAAAACAUGUAAAAUCAAAGCAAAUUUUCAAUGUGUGGUAGGGGAAUGCUGUGAAAAAUGCCAGUUUAAAAAGGCUGGUGAGGUGUGCAGACCAGCAAAAGAUGAGUGUGACCUGCCCGAAACGUGUGAUGGCAAAUCUGGUCUCUGCCUGGAUGAUCGAUUCCAAGUCAAUGGCUUCCCUUGCCAAAAUGGGAAGGGCUACUGCUUGAUGGGGAUGUGCCCCACCCUGGAGGAGCAGUGCACCAAGCUAUGGGGACCAGGAACCCAGGUUGCAGAUAAGUCAUGUUUUAGCAGGAAUGAAGGUGGGUCAAGUUACGGGUACUGUCGAAAAGUGGAUGACACACGCAUUCCCUGUAAAGCAAAUGAUGCCCUGUGUGGGAAGUUGUUCUGUAAUGGUGGGUCAGAUUAUCUGCUCUGGAAAGGACAUAUAAUAACGUUCCUGACAUGUAAAACAUUUGAACCUGAAGACAGCAGUCAAGAAAUCAGCAUAGUAGCCAAUGGAACCAAGUGUGGAGAGAAUAAGGUUUGCAUUAAUGCAGAAUGUGUGGAUGUCGAAAGAACUUACAGAUCGGCCAAUUGCUCCUCUAAAUGCAAAGGACAUGCUGUGUGUGACCACGAGCUCCAAUGUCAGUGUAAAGAAGGAUGGGCCCCUCCUGAUUGCGGUGGUUCUUCCAUGGUCUUCAAUUUCUCCAUUGUGGUUGGGGUGCUGUUCCCUGUGGCCGUCAUAUUUGUGGUGGUUGCUAUAGUAACCCGAUACCAAAGCACCAGAGGAAAGCGGAAGGAAGUCCAGAGGCCACUGUCUACCACUGACACCGGGCCACACAAGCAGAAGAGGAAAUCACAGACGGCGAAGGCUGUUCAACCCCAAGAGAUGAAGCUUGACACACCUGACCUUCUGGCAGAGGAGGAUGCGCCUCCAGCUUCUGUUCUAAUUACAAAGCCAGAUUUUUCUCCACCGCUGAUUCCUACAUCUGUGUCAUUCUCUUUCCUUCAUAAAGACAUAAAAGGACUUUCCUCUGCUGUUUUCAAGGAUAAGCCAAUGUCUACACUUAAGGGCUCCAAUCCAAAAGUCUGAAGUAACAGCUAAACAAGGAUUGGUGGGUAAAUGAUCAACUUAGAAGACUGGACCAUCUGGAUGGAAGAGAAAUGUACUAAUAUUGCUCUUGACACUCAAGGACGUUACUAUUUCUUGAUUAUACUUUGAAGACAUAAAACUUUCAAGAGAGACAUCUCUUGAUUACCUUUGUAUGAAUUAAAAUUUUCUGUUCUCUAUACUCACGGGAAAGAGGAUGGCUCUAAAGAAAGAGUUAUAAAGCUGAAAUCUCUAAUUAGGUGAAUUUCCUAACCUUUCCCACCCCCCCACCCCCGCUUUUUUACUGUGAUGUUGACUAAUACUUGUUAAAGGGUUUUGAGCACCUUGAUUUCCUCAUUCAGUAGGAAUUAAUUCACCCUCUAAUGAAAACAAAAAACAAGAAAUCACAGGAAACUGGGAAGGAUGGGAGAAAAUUGUAUACUCCUCAUUGGAUGACUAGCAAUAGCUUAACUGUUUUAACCCUGAAACUGUCAAAUUAGAACCCUCAGUUACACAGAAAAUUAUACAAACAUUCUCUGGUUUAUAUCAUGUCUUUUUCCUACCCUACAUUAUCUUCUGGAAUUCUUAUUAGCUGUGUCAUUGGAAGUUCACUACAACUGAUUAAGACUUUAUUAAUUAAAUUGUUUUUUCAUAGAAAUUUGUAUAAUUCAGUUACUGGUAAGCUUAAAGUGAACAUUACUUUCUAAGUAGUUUUAGUAGAAACUUAGUAGUACUUUCUAACUAAGUUUUAGUUAAAUAAAUUAAUAACGUAAACCAGAAGUUGUAAACUGCUGACCAGCAGGAUGUGUCUGGACUGCAGAUUUAUUUUAUUUGGCCUCAAUGAUUUUGGCCAAAAAGUAUUUUUUAAUGUUUUGAAUGUAUUGCCAAUAUUUAAAACUUGGGAGAUCCUGCAUAAACAUCCAGAUCUCCAGCAUUUUAAAAGUAAUCAAAUGGUUUGUCAACACUGGAAUCACAUUGCCCACAGCAACCAUCAGCUUAGCUGACUGGUGAUGGAACAAACAUUGUAGGUUGCCUUACCAAAAACUCCUUUCUUGCUUUUCAGAAGCCAAAUUUUGUUCAGUUUUCCAUAUGCAUUUCCAUUUUCAUGCAUGCAUGAAGAGAUAAUCUCUGUAAUAACCUAUAUGGGAAAAGAAUCUGAAAAAGAAUAGAUAAAUGAAUAUGUAUAACUAAACACUUUGCUGUACACCUGAAACUAACACAACAUUGUAAAUCAACUAUACUCCAAUAUAAAAUAAAAAAUUAAACAAAAAAGAUAAUCCUAACUCCAUCUCCUGGAUACAUUUCUAUCAUCACUCUAAGUCAAUCAUAAUAAUCUCAUUUCCUUUACCAGUGGUUGAUUGAUUUAGAGGUAAGUGUAUUAACCCAUCCUACCCCCAUCCCCCCCCCCCCUUUUUUGCCAAUGGGCAAGACAGGAGAUAGAUAUGCUGAGGAAUUUCUAGGAAAGAUAUCCUUGUCCCUUCUGGCUAUUUGGAUAUCCUAUCUGGUACUGUUGCAGCCAUGUUGUGAUUAUGAGGGCAUGGCUGAUAUAGUGAAUAAGAUAGAGCAGAAAAAUGAAAAGAAUAAAACCUGGUCUUUUAAUGAUGUCAUGAACUGGUAGAUUAGUAACUGCCUGCAUCACCGUGUACUUUCUUGGGGCGUCUGUUGCAUGACCAAGAAAAUCUUCUUAUUGUUUAAGCCAUUUCAAGUUAAAUGUGCUCUUAUUUGUGACAGAAGCCAUCCUGACUAAUAAAGUAGCUGCUCCUAUUAUUAGGGCACAUGUUCCACUUCAUCAUCACCGCUAUAGAUUGCUUCCAGAAAAAGACCUUCCCUUGCCAAUGACAACUUUAGACAUCGCUUAGCAAUUAGCCCUGGACAGUCUGCUAUUCUGCUCAACACUAAUACAAUAUUACUAUUCUUAAUCUGCUAAAUAAGUAAUAUUGUUAUGGAAACUAAAUUCCUAAGCAGAAGAAAAUUAUGGUAUGCUGUUUACUAUGAAAGUAUCUCCUUGUUAAAAUUUAACUCUUUUCUCUCUCACACCUGGUGUUGAAGUCCAUACUCUUUUUUAUAAAAUUAAUUUUUAAAAAUGUAUUGUGGUAAGAACAUUUGACAUGACAUCUGUCCUCUUAACAGAUACUUAAAUGUACAUCAAAGUAUUGUUACCUGUAAGUACAAUAUUAGGCAGCAGCUCUCCAGUUCUUAUUCAUCUUGCAUAAUUGAAAUUUUAUACCCAUUGAUUGGCAACUCCCCAUUUUCCCCUCCCAGCCUCUGGCAACCACAAUUCUGUUCUUUGCUUCCAAGAGUUUGCCUAUUUCAGGCAUCUCAUAUAAAUGGAAUCAUGCAAUAUUUGUCCUUCUAUAAUUCACUUAUUUCAUUUAGCAUAAUGUCCUACAGGUUCACCCAUGUUGUUGCAUAUGACAGGAUUUCCUUCCUUUUUAAAGGCCAAAUAAUAUUCCUUAUUACAUACAUACCACAUUUUAAAAACUCAUUCAUUCAUUGAUGUUACAUUGUUUCCACAUUUGGGGUAUUAUGAAGAGUGCUGCAAUGAACAUGGGAUUGCAGAUAACUCUCUGAGACCCUAAUUUUAAUUUUUUUAUAUAAAUACCCAGAGGUGGAAUUGUUGAAUCAUAUGGUGGUUCCAUUUUAAAUUUUUUGGAGGAAUCUUCAUAUGUUUUCCAUAGCAGCUGUACCAAUUAACACUCCCACGAACAGUGCACAAAGUUUCCCUUUUCUCCACACCAUGGCCAACUCUUCUGAUCUCUGGCCUUCUUGACACUAGCCAUCCUAACAAGUGUGAGGUGAUAUUUCACUGUGGUUUUGAUUUGCAUUUCCCUGAUGAUCAAGGAGGUUGAGCACUUUUUUACAUACCUGUUGUCUGUCUUCUUUGGAAAAAUGUCUGUUAGGCUCCUUUGCCCAUUUUCUUAAACCUGGCUGUUUUUCUGAAAAUAUAGAUUAAAAUUUUACCAUUUUAACCAAUUUUAAGUUUACAAUUCAGUGGCAUAAGUACAUUCACAAGGCUGUGUACCCAUCACCAUUAUCCAUUUUCAAAACUUGGUCAUCAUCCCAAACAGAAAUUCUGUACCCGUUAAAUACUUCCCAUUACUACUUCCCCCAGGCCUUGAUAACCUUUCUUCACCUUCUGUCCAUAUGAAUUUGCCAAUUCUAGGUACCCUAAUAAGUGGGAUUAUCCAGUAUUUUUUUUCUUUCAUGUAACUGGUUUAUUUCACUUAGCACAAUGUUUUCAAGGUUCAUCCACGUUGUAGAAUAUAUCAGAAUGUCAUUCCUUUAAAAGGCUUAAGAGCCUAAUAUCAUUUUAAUAUAUUUAUUUUCUCCUUAAAACAGCUGGAGGCAAUUCCGCCCCUUCCAUUAAGUCUAAAUCUCAGCCAGAACUUCUGGGUCAAAUCAAACACUGUUCUAGAUUUGGGGCUGCCAUGUAAAAUGACCUGGAAUUGAUAUUUGAGGGAAAUCAACAAGCGCUGAAUCCACAAAACUAUUAGAAAAAAAUGAAAUCACAACUGAUUGUAAAUUUGAUGAUUUUUUUUUUAAAGUUAGAAUAUCAUAGGGUAAUGAUAAAAGUUUACAACUGUAGAGUACCAUAUGAUUUAUGCAAGCCUGUGUGUAUGUGUGUGCAUGUAUGUCUUCGCUUAAUCCUUACAACAGUGUCCUCAUUUUACAGAUGAGAAAACAGAGAUAAAAAUGAGAGUAGGUUAUUUUUCUCUAGAUUAUUCAGCUAGGAUGUGUUGAAAUAGGGUCUCAAACCCAACUAUUCUGACUCCAAGUUUUUAGUUCCUUCUACACAACCACACUGUCUGCAGCAAAACUAUUUUGAACAGAAAGGCACAUUUAACAUUAUAGUACUAAGUAGAGAAAUUCCCCUUUAUCUCCAGCUAUAAUUUCCUUUCUACAGUGUUACCAGUGAAAAUUUAUCUGAUGUUGGUGUCAAACUUUAUGCCCCUUGGCUGUCCACUCCUUCUGAAAAUAACUUUUAAUUUUUCUCCCCAUUCUUGCCGCUAUUGAUAGCACAGAGCCUGGAAAAUGGUAAGUACUCAAAAAGUCCUUAACAAAAGUCUUUGGUCAAGACUCUGGAUUUAGCAUUAUGCAACUUACACUUACCUGGUUGUUUUCUUUUGUUCUUUAAUGCAAACAUUUGCAAAAAUGGCGAGAGAGAGGCAUGGACAUAUAUACACUAACAAACGUAAGGUAGAUAGCUAGUGGGAAGCAGCCGCAUGGCACAGGGAUAUCGGGCUCGGUGCUUUGUGACCA